UUCCCACUUCCGGGUCACCAAGUAACACCGUUAGGGUAGAAAGUUGAAGUCCUUGCAGUUCAGGCCUCAGACCCAAAACCCUCAUAAAAACCCAACUCUCCUUCCUUUUAGUUCCUCUGUUGGUUUCUCACUCUUCCGUGUGGUAGUAGUGUGGCAAACAAUGAGCAGUUGGAAAAACCUUCUUCUACGAAUCGGUGACAAGAGUCCCGAAUACGGAGUCUCCUCUGACUAUAAAGAUCACAUUGAUACGUGCUUUGGCGCCCUUCGUCGCGAACUUGACCACUCCCAUACCGAUGUUUUGGAGUUCCUUCUCACGUGUGCUGAGCAUUUGCCUCACAAGAUUCCUCUGUAUGGAACCCUGAUUGGCUUGAUUAACUUGGAAAAUGAGGACUUUGGGAAGCAACUAGUGGAGAAAACUAAAACCAUGUUUCAAGAUGCCUUGGAUACUGGAAACUGCAAUGGGGUUCGAGUUCUAAUGCGGCUUUUGACUGUUAUGAUGUGCAGUAAGGUUCUUCAACCGAGCUCCUUGGUGGCUGUCUUUGAAACAUUUUUAUCCUCAGCUGCCACAACAGUAGAUGAGGAAAAAGGCAAUCCCUUAUGGCAGCCUUGUGCAGACUUUUACAUCACUUGUAUUUUAUCAUGCCUUCCAUGGGGCGGAGCAGAACUUACUGAGCAAGUUCCUGAAGAUAUUGAUAGAGUGAUGGUCGGUGUAGAAGCUUACUUGAGCAUCAGAAAGCAUACAUCUGAUACUGGCUUAUCCUUUUUUGAGAAUGAUGAUGAAAAUGGGGAAGGUAUUAGUGACAAGGAUUUUUUAGAAGAUUUAUGGGAUAGAAUACAGGUUUUAUCAAUGAGGGGAUGGAAAGUUGAAAGUGUUCCAAGACCUCAUCUUUCAUUUGAAGCUCAAUUGGUUGCUGGGAAGUCUCAUGAAUUUGGGCCAAUAAGCUGCCCCAGCCUACCAGAACCACCUUCAGUCCCUUCUGGCGUCUCUACGGGUAAACAGAAGCAUGAAGCAGAAUUAAAAUAUCCUCAAAGGAUACACCGGUUAAAUAUAUUUCCUCUCAGUAAACAUGAGGAUAUACAACCUAUAGACAGAUUUGUUAUGGAAGAGUAUCUCCUAGAUGUGCUUCUGUUCUUCAAUGGCUGUCGAAAGGAGUGUGCAUCUUUCAUGGUUGGUUUGCCUGUUUCCUUCAGAUAUGAGUACCUCAUGGCCGAGACAAUAUUCUCUCAGCUGCUGAUGCUACCUCAACCACCUUUCAGACCAGUAUAUUACACACUUAUAAUUAUUGACCUUUGCAAGGCUCUUCCUGGAGCUUUUCCUGCUGUUGUUGCUGGAGCAGUUCGUACUCUCUUUGAGAGGAUAGCUGAUUUGGACAUGGAAUGUCGAACACGUCUAAUCCUUUGGUUCUCCCACCAUUUAUCAAACUUCCAGUUUAUCUGGCCAUGGGAAGAGUGGGCUUAUGUCCUAGACCUCCCAAAGUGGGCUCCACAACGUGUCUUUGUCCAAGAGGUUUUGGAGAGGGAAGUUCGCUUGUCAUACUGGGACAAAGUUAAGCAGAGUAUUGAAAAUGCACCUCGUUUGGAAGAAUUGCUUCCUCCUAAAAGCGGGCCAAAUUUUAGUUUUGGUUCAGAAGAUGGUAAAGAAAGCAAUGAGCAUGGACUGUCUGGAAAGCUCAACAGUAUGGUUAAAGGGAAGUCACCUGUCCGUGAAAUAAUCUCUUGGAUUGAUGAAAGUGUGCUUCCAAAUAAUGGUCUAGAAGUUACCCUCAGAGUGAUUGUACAAACACUUCUCAAUAUUGGAUCCAAGAGUUUCACUCAUUUGAUAACUGUCUUGGAGAGAUAUGCACAAGUCUUUGUGAAAGUAUGUCCGGANGAGGAUNGACAAGUCAUGCUGAUAGCUGAAGUGAGUUCUUUCUGGAAGAGUAACACCCAAAUGACAGCAAUAGCUAUUGACAGGAUGAUGGGUUAUCGACUUGUAUCAAAUCUGGCUAUUGUGAGAUGGGUCUUCUCAGCAGAAAAUAUUGAGCAAUUUCAUACAUCGGAUCGGCCAUGGGAGAUUCUGAGAAAUGCAGUAAGCAAGACACAUAAUCGUAUUUCUGAUUUACGGAAAGAAAUAUUAACUAUUAAAAAGAACAUUUCAUCUGCCGAAGAAGCUGCCAAGGAGGCAAAAGCUGAGCUAGAUGCUGCAGAGUCAAAACUUACACUUGUGGAUGGUGAACCAGUUCUUGGUGACAAUCCUGUUAGAUUGAAUAGAUUGAAAUCACAUGCUGAAAAGACAACGGAGGACGUGGUGACUGUUAAAGAAUCCUUAGAAUCUAAGGAAGCUCUUCUUGUCCGAGCAAUUGAGGAAAAUGAGGCAUUAUUUCUCUUGUUGUACAAAAGCUUCUCAAAUGUGUUGACAGAGCGGCUUCCUGAAGGAACUAGAACACUGCAUGAGUUGAAGUCUGUGCAAGUAGAUGUGAUGGCAGUGGACGCUGAAGAGCCACCAACAAUGGAAUUAGAUGACGAAAACCAGAGAUCUCAAAACAGUCAGUCAAAUGGAGAGAAGAAAGGUGGUGCUUAUGUUGUAGGUGAAAAGGAGCAGUGGUGUAUCACCACUUUGGGCUAUGUGAAGGCUUUUUCUAGGCAGUAUGCUGCUGAGAUAUGGCCCCAUGUUGAAAAGUUGGAUGCAGAGGUAUUGACAGAAGAAACACCUUAUCUUUUUAGGUCAGCUGUUUAUACUGGUCUUCGAAGACCAAUUCACGAGGCAUGAUCAAUUUGUUACUUCACCUCUGAGCUAUGUUAUUUAGAAUAUAAUGUAAUUCCAUUCUUUAGUCUGCUAGUUAAGCAUUUUCUUAGUCUGCUAAAAGCCUAAAACUGUAUGCAAUUGUAAUUUAAAAAUGACAAGGUUGGUAUGACGAGUCUCUACAUCUUAGAUUCUAACAGGGACUUUAUCACCGCUGCUGUACAUUAGAUUUCGAUUAUAGCUUUUAAUUGGACCUCAAAUACCCAAAAAAAAAAUGGAGUUUGCACCAUACUUGUGUUGUACUUGGUAGUAAAAUGAAAAUUGAAUUGUGAUUAUUUGCAUUAAAA